AUGACCAUCGUCGUCGAGAGUCUGCCCGAUGAACCUCUGUUUCAUCAUAUUCUGGAUGCUUUUCGGGCCAAUCCUCGCUUCCUUUUGUUUUAUGAUUGGAUCAAAGGCACCGAGGCAAGCUGUCUGCAGUUGCUGACGGAUAUCCUCUGCAUGCGUCGUCGCAUCGUCCAAACGCUGCCGGUGUCGAUGUUUGACUCUCGCAACAUAAUCAUUCCGCAAAGACCAUUUAUUCUGGUUCUGGCGCCCGGAAACUACGAGUUUGUAGUGGCAGCCUUUGGUGUUCUCUGCUGUGGUGCAGCCUUUUCGCCAAUAUCGAGCAACCUGAGCCCAGAAGAGGCCAUCUACAUUUUAGAACUCACGAAUGCAUCUUGCAUCCUCUUCGCCCCGGAAUUCGAAGAGCAAGCGUCGACAAUCCAACAGCACGCUGCUUCGAAGGAAAAUGGAAGUCGCCCAUUGAUCACCAUACCUAUUGCCUCGUACAAUGAGCUACCUACGCCGAGGGCCCAUGUCAAGAUCGACAAAAACAAGUCAAUUGAUCCACAGAGUCCUGGUGUACUCGUAUUUACAUCUGGCACGACUGGGCCACCGAAGGGGAUUGUCCGCCCCCGAAGUAUUUGGUACACUCUCCCAGAAUCUUUCCCGAGUGGUGGGAUCGCAUUGUGCUUCCGGCCAGCGGUUCGCGGUGCAACUGCCAUGCCUCUUCUAUGGCGAGCCGUAAAUGGAGUCCGGACUGAGAUUAUAGGCGAUGAGAUGUGCCAAAUAUGGGAAAGAUUGAGGACUGGAGAUGUGACUCAUUUGAACAUGGUACCAUCGUCAUGGAGAAAUUUCAUACGAUACUUCAACGAGCAAAUAGAAGUGUUGCCAGCCAAUAAGCGAAAUGAAUUCUUGAAGGGAGCUCGGUCAUUACAGAAGCCCGUUAUCACAGGUGAUUUCCUUGAGCCCAAGACCAUGGAGCUCUGCCGGGAUUUGCUUGGCCGUCAUCUCAUCAAUAUAUACGGCUCAACGGAGAUGGGUGCUGUUAUCUCGACUACGGAGGAUCAAGGUUCAAUUAUAGAGCGGUGCAUUGGAAAGCCACGCGAGGGUGUACAGGUGAGGUUGUCUGAGGGGGAUCAUGGAGAUAUCCUAAUCAAAAGCCCGAUGAUGUUUACAAGUUAUCUUGGUAACGAAGUUGCAACACGGGCUGCCUUUGACGGAGAGGGAUACUACAGAACUGGCGAUGUCGGGCGUCGAGUCGGGGACCAAUAUGUUCUUGAAGGUCGAUCGGCAACUGAUGUCAUACGGUGUUACGGGCUGUGGGUCCCACUUCAAGAAGUAGAGGCACGCUUGGCCGAGCUUCCAUAUAUUUCAGAAGCAUAUGUCGUCCCAGUAGAAUUCAACUGCAUCCAGCAAAUUGCCGCCCUGGUUCGCUUGACGAAUGUGAAGGUCCCACCAAGUCUUCUCAACAUUCGAGGUGACCUUCAAGACAAGCUUCAGAAGUAUAAGCUUCCGACACUCCUUCGCAUUUUGCGAAACGGCGAACGGAUCCUGCAAUCAGCCUCUGGAAAGGUGAUGCGGAAAGAGAUUGUGGAGAGUCAUUUCCAGACUUCCAUAGAGGGAGAACUCCCCAGGGAGGUGGAUUUUUGCGAUGCAAAAGCAAAAGCCACCAGUGGCCGCCGAAAAGCAUGGGACUGGGCCGGGAUGGUAUGA